AUGGAAACAAAGAUGAAUGCUGAUCCAUGGGAAAAUCUGAGGUUCCAACUUUGGAGUGUAAGCAGUGAACCACCAAAAAACACACCAUUAGUAGAGUACGGGAAAGCAAACGAUAAGAGAUUCCCCAUUGGAGUUAUACAUGGCGGGUUUUUUACAGACUAUCCAGAAAACUGUGGGUUGUCAAUGGUUCCAAUUAUGAAUGAUGAUUGUUUGGGAACUUUCAAGAUGAUCGUUAGGGCACACCAAUUCCGAGUGAUUGAACAUAUGUAUGUUGAACAUAGGCCUGUAUUUGUUCCAAUCAAUUUCCCCCACUUUUUGAUGAACUCACCAUCCAAAAGAGUUGAGAAGCUUAUUCAUCUGUUUGUAACAGAACACCCAAUGGCAACAGUUGAUGAUGGAAUAGCAUACAUCAGGCAUAUGCUAAACAUGACCAUUCCAAGAGAAAAAAUGGAAGAUGCAAUGGACAUGGCGAAGGAGAAUGUGAUAGCAUGGAAAAACGUAGUGUAG